CCAUACUAUAAUACACCCAUGUAGUGAGUAAACUGGUCUGUAAUCUAGAGUUGAAGUUAAGCGCGGAGAAGGAAUAGAGGCAGUGUUGCACUAUAUGGCGAAUGUGCUGCUGCAGAUGCUCAUGAACGGAGAUUUGCGCGGGUGAUUUCAACUGAGUGGCAGUGCCGGGCACUUUCCCAGGAGAACGGGCACACUGGGGUGAUGAGAGGGUGACAUCGGGGAUCCGGGCACCAUGGACAGACAUAUGAGGAACACAAAAACAGUUGAUUAUUCCCAGUUUUUAGAAUUGGAUAAUGAUGAUGAGGAUUUUGCUUCCUCUGCACCUCUAACUAAAAAAGCGCGAGUGGAGACAAAGAGAGAGAAAAAAGAGAAACCCACAAAGAAAACACACAGACAGGAAAACACCUCACCAAAGAAUUCACAGGGAAAAAGGGUGCCUUUGGAUGAGAAACUUUACCAGAGAGAUUUAGGAGUGGCUUUGGCACUCUCCGUGCAGAAAACAACCGCUGUUGUGGAAAAUAAUGAAAAUACUCCACCAAAUGAGGCUUCAACAUACAAUGUGGAGAAUCAUACAGAUGCUGAAGUGUCUUUCUCAAAUUGCAGUGUUGACAGCAGUACACUAGGCCUGGAUGAGAUCACAGAUGGUAAUGAAGAACUGGUUAUUGGCAGGAGUCGCAGACAAGCUGCAUCUAAGGCCCUCGCUGAACAGCGGAAACUCCUGACAGAUGACAGCGGAGAUGAAGAGGCUGCAGAUGACUUUAAGCCAGAUGCUGCAGAUGUGGACUCCGAGAGCGACUCGAGCUAUAGCGGUGAGGAUGAAGAGUUUGAAAUAAAGAAACCUAAAAAAAUAUCAACACACAAAGUUGCUAAGCAAAACGUCAAGGGUGGUAAAAAGGACAAAGAUUCCCCAAAACCGAAGACAGCUGCAGCUCCAUCCUCUACCACUGUGUCCAUUAAAAUAAACCCAACGCAAGCAAAGGCAGCCCCCGUCAUUUCACCUGCUCCUGCAAAACAGACUGUACUCAGUAGCAAGCCGGUAGGGAUGAAGAGACCAGCGUGGACUCCUCCAGCUUCAUCCGAAAUGGUGAGCAGCCUACUGGGAGGAGGAGCUGUGCGAUCUCCUAAUCAGGGUCUGCGCCUCGGCCUGUCCAGAUUAGCGAGGGUGAAACCUUUACACCCAGAAGCCGUCAUCCGUUGAAUCUGUGCUUUUCUAAUAGUGACAAAUCUAAUGUUUAGUAAACUGCACUGGAAAGCAAUUCCAUGCAAAAUGAACUUGGACAAUGCAAGUGAACUCUUAUUGGAGGUUGGAAAGUCCGUGGGUUUCGUAACUAAAUAUUAAGCGCAGCUGGUGCAGGAUUUAUGGAUAAUAAACAUGGUGUGAAGAUUGCUAAUGGACGCCGUUACCUGCCUUUCUGAAUGGACCACUGUAUUUCAGCUGCCUUUGCCCAGACGCAGUUGUUUUUUUUGCAUGGACUACUACUUGUGUGACCUCUGUGUAUAUACACCUGAAGUGUAAGUGUGUUUGGACAGACCAUUAAGGGGAAAUUCAGUUCCAGGUUAUGGCCACAAAGUGCUGUCGGGGGAAUCGUAAUGCUGGUGCCUCAUGGCUACCAACCUCUGCAGUUUUCUUUCACACCCCUUUGUUGGGUUACCAUCAUUCUCAGGGAUGUGCGCAGCCAAAAGUGACGGCAGCACAUCAGCGAGAAUGGAGUUUUCCCCAUUUAGUGUCUUCUGCUAUAAAGGAGCACAUAGAAUUGGCACCUCUAGGCUUCAGUUUCUUCAUGAAGUAGAUGAAUUAUUCGUAAUGUUAAACCUAUGUAUGUAUGUAUUUUCUAGCACCAUGACUGAAGUCAGUAGGCAGCCAUUUUGUGUUCUCGCUUAUGGUUCUUGAUUAAUCUGUGUUUUCAAAUAGACUUCAAACAUCACCUUAUAACUUGAGCGGGUACAAGGUGGAUAUAGAGCUAGAACAUUGGGGGCCAUCAUUUGUAACUUAUUUUUUCCUGUAAAUUGUAUUCAGUGACUGAUAUAUUUGUGUCAUGUUAGUACCAUUGUAAUAUUUUUAAGCUUUUAUCAAUAUACUUGUACAGAGAUACUACUUCUAUCCUUGUACAUAUUUUUUUACCCAAUCCUCAAGUAUCUCCACCAAGUCAUGUUUUAGGAUUUAUGUCUGAGGAAAUAUGUGGGUUAAUUACUAACCAAGCAAAAUAGAAUUACUCACCUAUGCAUGAUUAAAAAAAUACUGAAAACAUGACCUGUUAGUGGUAUUUGAGCGUUGAAGUUGAAAACCAAGGCUUCAUGUUGUCGCCUACUUAGCAUUUAGGUUAGUCUCUUUUAAAAUGUACACGCUGUAUUUUAAUUGUACAUGACCUGCUAUUUUUAUACGUCUUUCUGCAGUAAGUCUGUUUUAUGUACUUUACUUGGGAAGAAUGAAAAAUCUUUUGUACAAUGUAUAUUCUGUGUAAUAAAACUGAAUAUUUAGA